AUGAGUCGGCACCCUGAAGUCAGGUGGGCUCAAAGGAUUGACAAGGUGUAUAUCACAGUACAAUUGCCUGACGCAAAGGAUGCCAAGGUCAAGCUGGAACCUGAUGGUGUAUUCUCUUUCUUUGCCACUGCUGGAACUGAUGGGAACUCCUAUGAAUCAAAACUGGAUUUGAAUGACAAAGUGAAUGUCGAGGCAAGCAAAGUAAGUGUUGGUGUCAGGUCCAUAUUCUGUAUUUUGGAAAAAGCCGACGCCAAAUGGUGGAAUAAGCUUGUUCCAGAUGAUCAGAAGGCACCACACUUCGUGAAAGUUGAUUGGGACAAAUGGGUCGAUGAAGAUGAUGAUGGUGCUGAUGUUAAUGUUGAUGGGAUGGACUUUUCGAAUAUGGGUGGCAUGGGCGGUAUGCCUGGCAUGGAAGGUUUGGGCGGCAUGGGUGGCAUGCCCGGCAUGGAAGGUUUGGGUGGCAUGGGUGGUAUGGGUGGUCUGGCUGGUAUGAUGGGUGGAAUGGGCGGUAUGGGUGGUAUGGGCAUGCCGCCUGGUAUGGAAGGUUUGGGUGGUAUGGGGAUGGAUGAUUUUGAGGAUGAGAGUGACGACGAAGGAGAAGUGUCGAAACCUCAAGACGCAGGGAAGUCUGAUGCUGCGGAAAUCUCCGAGGUGGAAGGCAAAGCUGGCACAGCUGCUCAGAGCAACUGA